AUGAGAGCAUUUGAUCUUGUAGCUGCGCUCUGGCUGGCAGCUUCCCCAGUUCUUGCGACCAACACUCCACCAAGCUAUGGAGGCACUCCGCCAAGCUAUGGGGGCCCACAAGUUCACGAUUCGAGCUUCACUCCCGACGCCGUUCUACGAAUCACUGAGGAGAAUGUAACGAUAGCCUGCGAAUCUCGGCUCUCUGUGCUUGUCAAUGGAACUUCGCCCGGUCCACCUCUCAGGUUAAAGGCGGGCAAGACAUCCUGGGUCCGAGUUUACAAUGAUAUGGAUGACAAGAAUACCACCAUGCACUGGCAUGGCCUUUCAAUGCGCAUGGCGCCAUUCUCGGACGGGUCCCCGGCGGCUGCCCAGUGGCCGAUUCCAGCGAGACACUACUUUGACUACGAGAUUCAUCCUGCACGCGACGAGCAUGGCACCUACUUCUAUCACUCUCAUGUUGGGUUCCAAGCCGCAACAGCUAGUGGUCCACUGAUCAUCGAAGACUCUGAAACACCGCCCUACGCGUACGAUGAAGAGCGCAUCAUCUUCUUCUCUGAUCAUUUUUCACARACAGACGAGGUGAUUGAGGCUGGAUUGACUGCAACGCCGUUGAAAUGGACGGGCGAGACGAAGGCUGUACUGGUCAACGGAGUAGGCGUAGCCAUCAACGCCACGGCUGGAAGUGGCUCGUGCAAUCUUCCUAUCAUCGAUGUCGACCCUGGCAAGACAUAUCGCUUGCGCUUCAUCGGAGCGACUGCGAUCUCCAUGGUUCAGUUUGGCAUUACAGAACAUUCCAACCUCACCAUCAUCGAAGCUGAUGGAUCAUACACCAAGCCAUACUCUGUAGAGUAUAUCCAAGCCUCAUCUGGACAGCGCUUCGACGCCCUUCUCACAACCAAAACCAAGGAGGAACUCAACGGCAAGACCGACUACAUCUUCCAACUCGAGACGAAGGAGAGACCGGCUGUGUACCACGGCUACGGUAUCUUGCGGUACUCUGGCGGCGAGCCUCAAAUCACCGCCGCGCCCACUGCGCCGGUCUUAACCCUUUCCAACCAGACGUACGCCUGGGCAGAAUAUGCCCUCGAGCCCUUGUACCCAAACAAUUUCCCCAAGGCGUCUGAAGUUACUCGCCGCAUCGUGAUUGACAACCGACAACUUAAGACCGGUCCGACAGUUUGGCACAUUAAUGACCUAAUGUGGAACGAGACCUCCAACCCUCUACCUGGUGACACGCCCUACCUGGUCAACAUCUACGAGAACGGUCCUUCGGCAAUCCCAAACUACACUGCAGCUAUUGAGAAUGAAGGCUGGGAUCCAGUGACCCUCACUUGGCCCGCCAAGAUUGGAGAAGUCAUAGAGAUCAUCUGGCAGAACACUGGAUCACUGGUUGACAACAAUGGCGGCGUCGACUUCCACCCUUUCCAUGCCCAUGGUGGACAUUAUUACGACUGCGGAAGCGGAAAUGGUACCUACGAUCCAGUUGAGAAUGAAAAGAGGUUGGCCAACUACAAUCCUGUGUUGCGGGAUACCACCAAUCUCUAUCGCUACGGUACCAAGACUACCGCAGGUGCCAAUGCGGGUUGGAGAGCUUGGCGGUUGAGAGUUGAGUAUGCUGGUGUCUGGAUGAUCCAUUGUCAUAUCUUGCAGCAUAUGAUCAUGGGUAUGCAGUCCGUGUGGGUGAUGGGCGACUAUGCGCAAAUCACAGGGAUCCCACUCGCUGAUGCUGCGGGUUACCUGAACUGGGGAGGAAGUGCCAAUGGUAAUGACACCUAUGAUCCCACGGUUGUACAUUAUUUCGGGGACAGAGAUGAGGACUAG